AUGGUGUCACUAUCAACUUACCAUAUCUUCAUACCAACGGAUAGAAACAAAGACAAAUGCUACCAACUAGCUGACAAGCUACAUCUUUUCAGUAAUAGGUCUUCAUCAAACAACCAAGAGGACGAGAAGUCUGAGAAUCAAGAUGUUGUUAAGAAAGGAACAAGAAAAGCUUCUAGUGUUCAGAACAUCUCUGAUGAUUCUGUGCCUGACCCCCAUGUUGAUGUUGAUCAAGAAGACGAUGUUUCCAAUGAUGAAGCAACUCAAGCCAUCAAUGAUGUGUUGGAGACUCUUGCUGAUGAGGAUCGUGGUUUUGAUUCUAAUUCUGAAGAUAACUCUCAUGAGUCUAAUGCUGAGAAGGGCGAUGAUUUUGAUGUUGCAAGCCAUGACUCUUCAAGAGAGAAGACUCCUUCUGAAUCUGAUGAUGAAGAACUGAUCAAGAAACUUGCAAGCAAAAAGGCUACUCCUUCUGCGAGCAAGAAUGCUGCAGAUAAGAAGAAAAAGAAGAAAAACGUUUCUGGUGCUCAGACCCCCAAGACUCCAAAAGCAUCUCAGGUCCCAGUUCUUGAGAAGAAGAAAAAGAAAGAAAAGAAAGAGGAGAAGAGGAGGGUUGCUGUUGAAAGAGAAUUGAGUGAAGAAGCCUUAAGCUACACUGAGAUCAUGGCUGUUAUUGAACAAGCUGGGUUGAUGAAGGUUGUGACUGGACUUGGUAAGUGUUUUAUUCAACUGGUAAGGGAAUUCAUUGUGAAUAUUCCCUCUGAUUGUGAUAAUGAGGAUAGUGUUGAGUAUAGAAAAGUCUUUUUGAGAGGAAAAGGCAUUGAUUUCUCUCAUGAAGUGAUCAAUACCUAUUUGAGCAGAAGCCCUGGUGUUGUGACUGAGGAAGAGCCUGACUUGGACAGGGUUACUAACACCCUCACUGGGAAGUUGACUCUCAAGCAUGCUGGUUCGUUUGCUGUGAAGUUGCCUAUUCUGUUUCCUUGUCUUCUCUUUGGGCUCGUUUUACAACAACAUCCCACCAUUCUGAGGGCUUAUGAACCUCUAGCCCUGACUAAGGUUCCUGUUGCUGAGGAAGAAGAGGUUGAUGAGGAAGCUGAGAAUGCUGAGGAUGAAAAUGCUGCUGUUGAAGAAGAGGAAGCUCCAUAUGAAAUUGUUGGAGAAGAAGAUGGCGAGUCUGAAAAAAGAAGAAGAAGAGUCUGA